GCCGCCGCUCCCGCUCCCUCGCAGCGCCAUGCCCGCGGGACCCGUGCAGGCCAUGGCGCCUGCGCAGCCAGCGCCGCCCGCCGACAGCAAACCGCCAGAAGAGGAGCCGAAAGAGGAAGCAGCCCCAGCCAAGCCUGUGGUUGGAAUUAUUUACCCUCCUCCAGAAGUCAGGAAUAUUGUGGACAAGACUGCCAGCUUCGUAGCCAGAAAUGGGCCAGAGUUUGAAGCUCGAAUUCGCCAGAAUGAGAUAAACAACCCCAAGUUCAAUUUCCUGAACCCCAACGAUCCCUACCAUGCCUACUACCGGCACAAAGUCAGCGAGUUCAAAGAGGGCAAAGCCCAGGAGCCCUCGGCUGCUAUUCCCAAGGUCAUGCAGCAGCAGCAGACUGCCCAGCAGCAGCUGCCACAGAAGGUGCAGGCCCAGGUGAUCCAGGAGACAGUGGUUCCCAAAGAGCCUCCUCCAGAGUUCGAGUUCAUUGCGGAUCCUCCCUCCAUCUCCGCCUUCGACCUGGAUGUGGUGAAGCUGACGGCGCAGUUCGUGGCGCGCAAUGGGCGGCAGUUCCUCACGCAGCUGAUGCAGAAGGAGCAGAGGAACUACCAGUUUGAUUUCCUUCGCCCCCAGCACAGCCUCUUCAACUACUUCACGAAGCUGGUGGAGCAGUACACCAAGAUCCUGAUCCCACCCAAAGGUUUGCUCCUCAAACUCAAGAAGGAGGCUGAAAAUCCCAAGGAAGUCCUUGAUCAGGUGUAUUACAGAGUGGAGUGGGCAAAGUUCCAGGAGAGAGAGAGAAAGAAGGAAGAGGAGGAGAAAGAAAAGGAGCGUGUGGCUUAUGCCCAGAUUGACUGGCAUGACUUUGUGGUGGUGGAAACAGUUGACUUUCAACCCAGUGAGCAAGGGAAUUUCCCUCCUCCCACCACUCCAGAAGAGCUGGGAGCUCGGAUCCUGAUCCAGGAGCGUUAUGAGAAGUUUGGGGAAAGUGAGGAGGUGGAGAUGGAGGUGGAGUCAGAUGAGGAAGAUGAAAAGCAAGAGAAAACAGAUGAGCCGCCAGCCCAGCUGGAUCAAGACACACAAGUGCAGGAUAUGGAUGAGGGCUCAGAUGAUGAAGAUGAAGGUCAGAAGGUUCCUCCUCCUCCAGAAACCCCGAUGCCGCCGCCUCUUCCUCCCACACCAGACCAGGUCAUCGUGAGGAAGGAUUACGAUCCCAAAGCCUCCAAGCCGUUACCACCCGCCCCAGCUCCAGACGAGUAUCUUGUUUCCCCCAUCACUGGAGAGAAGAUUCCUGCCAGUAAAAUGCAGGAGCACAUGAGGAUUGGCCUCCUGGAUCCUCGGUGGCUUGAGCAGCGCGACCGCUCCAUCCGGGAAAAGCAGAGUGAUGAUGAGGUCUAUGCCCCAGGUUUGGACAUUGAAAGCAGCCUGAAGCAGCUGGCAGAGCGCCGUACUGAUAUCUUUGGUGUAGAAGAGACUGCCAUUGGUAAAAAGAUUGGUGAAGAGGAAAUCCAGAAACCAGAGGAAAAGGUGACCUGGGAUGGCCACUCAGGCAGCAUGGCCCGCACACAACAGGCUGCUCAGGCCAAUAUCACCCUCCAAGAGCAGAUUGAAGCGAUCCAUAAGGCCAAGGGACUGGUGCCAGAAGAUGACAGCAAGGAGAAGAUUGGGCCCAGCAAACCCAAUGAGAUACCCCAGCCACCCCCUCCUUCAUCAGCAUCAAAUCCCCCUGCUAGUGCUCAGCCCAUCACAUCUGUGCCUCGUCCCCCCACAAUGCCCCCUCCUGUGCGUGCUGCUGUGGUUUCUGCAGUCCCUGUCAUGCCUCGGCCCCCAAUGACAUCUGUGGUCCGUUUGCCUCCGGGAUCUGUCAUCGCCACCCCGAUGCCCCCCAUCAUCCACACCCCACGCAUCAACGUGGUGCCCAUGCCCCCCUCUGCUCCCCCCAUCAUGAGCCCCCGCCCGCCCCCCAUGAUCGUGCCAACAGCCUUUGUUCCUGCUCCUCCCGUGGCUCCGGUUCCCUCCCCGGCACCGAUGCCUCCUGUGCACCCUCCUCCACCCAUGGAGGAUGAGCCGGUCUCGAAGAAGCUGAAGAGUGAGGACAGCCUCAUCCCAGAGGAGGAGUUCCUGCGCAGGAACAAGGGCCCUGUCACGGUCAAAGUCCAGGUUCCCAACAUGCAGGACAAGACUGAAUGGAAGCUGAACGGCCAAGUGCUGGUGUUCACCCUGCCCCUCUCGGACCAGGUGUCUGUUAUAAAGGUGAAGAUCCACGAGGCCACGGGGAUGCCGGCUGGGAAGCAGAAGCUGCAGUAUGAGGGCAUCUUCAUCAAGGACUCGAACUCUCUGGCCUAUUACAACAUGACCAGUGGCUCCCUCAUCCACCUGGCCCUCAAAGAGAGAGGAGGCAGAAAGAAAUAGGAGCCAUGGAGCCUAGAGGCAUAAAGUGGCUGCGUUGCCACUUGCAUAAUCCCAACCCUUUGAGUCUUCCAGUCUUUUAGGGGCUAUUCCCACUGCUCUAGUUUGAUGAGACAGAUGCUGAACCCUGUGUUUGGGGGAGAGGGGAAGAUAAAGGGCUCUGAAAUGUGUAAAUGGACUGACCUGGUCCGUUAGGUUUUCAAGAUUUGCUUGAAUUCCUUCUUGAAGCAACAUUGAGAUGGUGCCCAGCUCAGUACAUCCAUCUUUGAGGGAUUUACACUGACCGUCAUCUGUCUGAGUGCUGCUUGCUGCUUCACUUCACCUUUUCCUGACAGCUUCUUCCUUCUCAACACAGUUGCCAAGCCCCUUGUUCUUUCCCUGUCUUGGAUCCCUCUGCAAGAGCCUCUCAGAUUAACCCUGACUUGGAAACUUGCCCUCCCUGAGCAGGAGUGUUUGGGUCUGUGUGUGUUAAACAGCUUCGUGCUGCUUCUGUAGAGCCUCCAGUUUGUUUUAAUAAACACCUCUUGGUGCAGG